GCGGCGGUUCCGCUUACUCCCUUGGCCGCCCGGUGGGCCCUCCCCGCCAUUGUAGGAGGCCGCGCCCUGCCCUCAAGUUCCUCAAGCGCUCGGGCCGGUAGCGAGGAGCGCGGCCAGUGUCUGUGUGUUGACUAGCCAUUAAGUAUCAUGUCUGACAACGGAGAGCUCGAAGACAAGCCACCAGCUCCACCCGUUCGAAUGAGCAGUACCAUCUUCAGUUCGGGAGGCAAAGAUCCAUUAUCUGCUAAUCAUAGUUUGAAACCCCUGCCAUCUGUGCCAGAAGAGAAAAAGCCUAGGAACAAAAUCAUCUCCAUUUUCUCUAGUACUGAAAAAGGGAGUAGGAAAAAGGAAAAAGAAAGGCCUGAAAUCUCUCCCCCAUCAGACUUUGAACAUACCAUUCAUGUUGGCUUUGAUGCUGUUACUGGGGAAUUCACUGGAAUGCCAGAGCAAUGGGCUCGGCUGCUACAGACCUCAAAUAUCACCAAGCUAGAACAGAAGAAGAACCCGCAGGCUGUACUAGAUGUAUUGAAGUUCUAUGAUUCUAAAGACACGGCAAAACAGAAAUAUUUGAGCUUCUCUGCUACAGAAAAGGAUGGAUUCCCUUCAGGAGCGCCAGCACCCAAUGCAAAAGGUUCAGAGCCUUCUGCAGCAGCUGAAGAGGAAGACGAUGAUGAAGUGGCUCCUCCGAUUAUUGCCCCACGACCAGAUCAUACAAAAUCAAUUUAUACACGGUCAGUAAUAGAUCCCAUCCCAGCGCCGUCUGGUGACUCGAGUGACAGCGCUACUAAAUCAGCUGAUAAGCAGAAAAAGAAAACUAAGAUGUCAGAUGAUGAGAUCAUGGAAAGGCUGCGAAUUAUUGUGAGUAUAGGAGAUCCUAAGAAAAAAUAUACCAGAUAUGAAAAAAUAGGGCAAGGGGCUUCAGGUACAGUUUUCAUUGCCAUAGAUGUGGCAACAGGACAGGAGGUCGCUAUUAAACAGAUAAAUCUUCAAAAACAGCCCAAGAAGGAGUUAAUUAUCAAUGAGAUCUUGGUAAUGAAAGAGUUGAAGAACCCAAACAUAGUCAACUUUCUAGACAGUUACCUAGUAGGAGAUGAACUGUUUGUCGUAAUGGAGUAUCUGGCUGGCGGGUCUCUCACAGAUGUAGUAACAGAGACUUGUAUGGAUGAGGCACAGAUUGCUGCGGUCUGCAGAGAGUGUUUGCAGGCUUUGGAAUUCCUACAUGCCAACCAGGUGAUCCACAGAGACAUUAAAAGUGACAAUGUGCUCUUAGGAAUGGAUGGAUCAGUUAAGCUGACUGACUUUGGUUUCUGUGCUCAGAUUACUCCAGAGCAGAGCAAACGUAGUACUAUGGUUGGGACGCCCUACUGGAUGGCUCCAGAAGUAGUUACACGGAAGGCCUAUGGCCCUAAAGUGGAUAUCUGGUCUCUUGGUAUCAUGGCUAUUGAAAUGGUUGAAGGAGAGCCCCCAUAUCUCAAUGAAAAUCCUUUGAGGGCAUUAUACUUGAUAGCAACUAAUGGCACUCCUGAGCUGCAGAAUCCAGAGAAACUGUCUCCCAUAUUCCGUGACUUUCUAAAUAGUUGUUUGGAAAUGGAUGUAGAGAAAAGAGGGUCAGCCAAAGAACUAUUACAGCAUCCUUUCCUGAAACUGGCCAAACCUUUGUCCAGCUUGACGCCGUUGAUCCUAGCAGCCAAAGAAGCAAUGAAGAGCAGCCGUUAGCAUUGUUGCUGUGGCCUUCAUGAGUUGUUGUUUUUUCAUGAUUUUUUUUUUAAAAAGUCUUCAUAAUAUAUAAAUUGUUGCUCUUGUUAGGGGGGUUGAAAGUCUGCAGAAGGGGAAAAAUCACCUUGGAGAUACAAAAGAAGAAGAAAAAUGGUGGUGGCGAACUCUUCUAGGAGUCUGGAAGAAGUUGUGAACUGAAUUACUGGCCUUUUCACCACUUCUGCAGACAACUCAGAAAUGGAUUUUAUUAUGCCUGUGAGGUGUUUUUUUUAAAUGACUUUGCUGUACCAGAUCCCACUCAUUGUGCUCUGUUGGGCACUUUCAAUACUUGAACAACAGAUUCAAGCUUUUAGAGGGAGGCAUUACUUUGAUCUGCUGAUCUCCCCCCCCCCCCCGCCUUUCCCUUCCCUUAUCUUUGUCAGACAGUCAGUCAUUGAAAAUAUGACAAGCUCUGAGUUACUAAAGGCAGAUGUGGUAGAAAUGUGAAAGCUCCUCUUAUCCUCUUUCUCUUAAUAUUCAAUUUAGCUAUAACUGUUGUAGCAUUAACACCCAACUACCUAAGAACCAUAAUUUUUCAAUGACUGUCCUUCAAGGCAGAAGAACAUGAGCAGAGAGGGAAGAAGAAGGCUCAGCAAAGUUUGCCGUAGAAUUUUGUUGCAUGGACUUCUGAACAUAAGGGAAAGAUGCCUCUAAAUUUUGGAGAUUGAAUACAUACGGAGGAAAGGAGGGAAGUGUUCCUUUUCUUUAAUGUUCAAACCACCCCCUGGGCUUGGGGAGAGAACCCCAUUCCUGUGAAUUGUCUUCCACUCCUCCUUUGCCUAUGUAGGUUUAUUGGUAACACUUUAAAGGGAUAUCUUGAAAGUGUGUGGUUUUAUAGCAAAGUGCUGUAUCCAUGUUCUGGCUUGGGCUUUGGGAUUUAUGCUGGUGCCUUUUGAAUUUUUAAAUUACCCUUCUUUGUAUUAAAUACAUUUUGUAUAUGUUGUACAUUUUCCCUCCAAAAACAACUUUGGAGUCAUCAGGACUAAGUAUUAGAGCUCUCUUCCUUUUUAUAUAUAUAAAUAUAAAUAAAUAUAUAUGCACCAUUUCUACUAACAAAAGACCCAGCAGAUUUGCAAAAAAGAAAAGAAGAAAAAGGAAGAUCCAAGACUUUUUGUAUAAUCCAGCCAACUGAACUUCUGAACACCAAAAGUGCUAUUCUAUGGAGACAAAAAUUGGAAGUAAAAGAGUAGCUUAGAUUCAACAUUAUUUUAAUUGGUUUGUGAAUGGCUGGAUGAUGAUCCUAUCUCUCGAAAGACUUAUGAACUACUAUGGCCGAAGACAACACAAGAUAAAGUGCCUCCCUAAAUGAAAGUAAUUGGAGUAGUAAAGGAAUUGAAUUCUGGUUAAUGUGGUCACAUAUAUGUUGGGGACUCCAUUGUCACACACAUCAGCCUUUUAAAAUCACUAUGUUUUUAUGUGCAGCUUAUGGAGAAUUCCUGAGUGAUAAUGUGCCAAAUGAUAACAAGAGAGUCAUUAAUUUGGUGCUAUAGCUUUUUUGCAUUCCUAGUUGGUAUUUUUGGAAAAACAUCUUAAAUCCCUAGUUAAGAGGCAACUUCUUACAGCUUUUCUGAUGGUCAGUGGCAAGCCUCCUUCCUACCUGUGAACAAUAUUAAGGUGUGUUGGCAUAAAAACAUCUCUGAUGCUAGGGUUUCAUGAACAGGUUGCAAAAUGUGUGUUAGCCAGAUUCUGAGCCAUUGCAUUACAAAGGACACACUGUCCCCUCAGAUCUUGGAGCUGCUUGCACCCUGCUUUGUACCAACAAAUGCCUUAUUAAUACAACUGAAAGCAACACCACACUCCAACCUGCAGUCCUGUAUCCUGACAGAAGUAUUCAUCCGAAAACUUUAUAACAAAGCAGCCCAUUUACUUCCAGAGCAUUUUGAAUGUGUUUUGGUUUGGUCCGAGGAGGUGUAAUAUCCUGGUCUGAGUGGUAUAUUAGGCGCUCUUAUUCCCCUUGCUAUGGCUUUGGAAUACUGUUAGAUAUAAAAGUUAGAAUAGUCUUGCCCUUGAAUUGAUACGUGUGAAUCAAACCAAGAGAUUAAAAGGGCCCUUACUGUUAAUGUUAGUUUUCUUACUAUUGGGUCUUUGUCUGUUGCUGGCAAUGGAAUAUGUGGAUCCCAUGAUUCUUAUGAGAUAGAUGGGUGUAGCUGCGUGUGUGUUUUUUAAAUUGUAGAAAUUAAAUGUGACACUGUUCUAAAAUCUUAAAGUUUUUAGAAAAAACAUUGAUUAUCUUUCAAUUUCGUGAAAAAAACUAUCUGAAAUGAGCAGUUGACUGCAUCUGUGUGAGGGUUUUUAAAUCCUUCUCUAAAAGUUGCUUACAAUUUGGAUUAGCUCAGGGGUUGUUGAAGUGCAUCCCGUGGUCUCUCUUGUGCCCUCAUGGUAUUGAGUCCUCCCACAACAUGCCCAUAUGGGCUCUCUUAAGUGUAACUUGCAGCACAAUGCUUCGGCAGUGUAUUCUUCUAAUUUCUUUACCCCCCUGUUGCAAGAAAAGAUUACGGAUAUAUGUAGGAGUGAACUGAGAUGGGAAUUCUUCAUUGGACAGAGGAUUUAUCAGGACAUUCCUGACCAAUUAUGGUUUGUUAUGCAGCUGUGCAUACAGUUUGUAUGGUACAUGGACUGAACAUAUAUUGAAAAUGUCUUAAAAGCUUGGUAUAGAAGUGGAAAGCCUAAAGAAAUAACCCUGGGAUAUAGCUUACUAGGCCAUGGGUGAGAAAACAGCAUAAAAUUGAGCUCUUGACUCCUAACUUACCUUCCUGUUAAAUAUGCCUUAACCAAAUUUCCAACCACUAAUGUGAGUAAGUAUUGGCUGAUUCACACAGUCACGUUUGGAGAUCUUUUCAAUCUAGUGACUUUUUGUUAGCCUAGAUUGAAUGUUGUGAUAUCCAGGCAUUAUCUUGAAUGCCACAACUUGGGACCAGAUCCCAAUCCAAGCCAUCACUGAAAAAUACUAUUUUGUGGCGGUUGUUUGCGUGGGAGCGGAUCCUGUAGCAGAGAUCUCAAGACAGCUGCUCUGUGACCUCACUAUUCAAUCUGGGCUGACAGAAAGCUACUAUAGAUUGAAAAUGGUGUCUCCCCUGCCCCAAAUGUGUGUGUGAAUAAGUUUUUGAGUGUUUGAUGUGAACCUGUAGAGAGAAGAAGGGUGUCUCGUUCCAUGAGCAGGCUUACCUGGAAUGAUGAGCUCCCAGGGUUUUCCCCUCCUGCUCCAGAAGUUGAAACAAAGGUGACUACUUACUUAACAAACAAAAGUUUUCAUUUGCUGGUUAGGCUGGAGAUAUUUGCCACUUCAUCAUAUGUCCGAUUAAUAAAGUGGUCACCGUAUGUGUACCCUGAAGCAGUUUGGAGUAAAUUAACUUCACUAUUAAAUGUUGGAGAAUUUCUUUGUCUUCAUAGCUGGAAUUAAAUACAUCUUAAAACAAUUUCCUUCUUUGUUCCUAUCCUCUCACUUUUAUCAGAUGGAAAUGAAAGUAGUGCAAGCUUUCAGUUUUUUUUUUACUGUCUUCAGAUUUUGUUGCCUUUUGUUUAAUUUAAUCCCAUUCUGUUAUUUAAUUGUUACUGCAAUAUUAACUACUGUAUUUGACUAUGUUUAAUGACUUUGUUCUUUCAGGGCUAGAAAUAAACAUUUCUAAAAUG